AACGUGUAGCUGUUUCCCGUACAACCGAAAGUGCAGCGUUAUUUCCUCACGCGAGUCCCUUUAUGACUCCGCGGUGCUUCACCGGUGUAAUCCUGGGUAAAGCCCACCUCGGAUGAGUCUUUUAAAGAGCUAAUAAACGGGACUCGGAUCAUGGAGGACGUUUGUGGCAGAGAAAGAAAGAUCACAAGCAGUACCACAAGCAACAGAAAGCAGGGAGAGGAAAACCCUGCAGGAAACAGAAACGAGGCAGGGGACGGGGCUGCUGUCUGCAGCGACGGCGCGGAGCAUCAGCCGGACGAGGAGGACAACAACACACUGUCGCUGAUCUCCUGGAAUGUGGAUGGACUCGAUGAAGAGGAGCAGCCGGAGAGAGCAAGGGGCCUCUGCUCCUACUUAAUCUCACACUCCCCGGACGUGGUGCUGCUUCAGGAGCUCAUCCAACCAUACACCCUCUUCGUGAAGAAACACCUGGCGGACAACUACGCCUUCAUCGAAGGUGGUAAGGAGAAUUACUUCAUCGGGAUGAUGCUGAAGAAGUCUCGAAUCACACUGCUGGACAGUGAGAUAGUCACCUAUCCAACCACCAGCAUGAUGAGGAACCUGCUCGUGGCUCAGGUGCUGUUCAAAGGCCAGAAGUUUUGCCUCAUGACGUCCCACUUCGAGAGCUGCAAGGCCAACGCAGGAGAGCGGAUGAGGCAGCUGAGACUGGUGAUGAAGAGGAUGGCAGAGGUGCCCGAUGACGUCACCGCCCUGUUUGGAGGAGACACCAACCUGAGGGAUGCUGAGGUGGGCAAGGUGGGCCUUCCCGACUGCGUCUGCGACGUGUGGGAGCAGCUGGGGGAGCCGGAGCACUGCCGCUACACGUGGGACACUCACGCCAACACCAACAACGACCACCGCUACAAGAGCCGCUUCCGCUUCGACCGGCUGUACCUGCGGCGGGCGGCCGGGGACGGCGUCCCGCAGCUGGAGCCCGACAGCAUGGCCUUGAUCGGGAUGGAGAAGCUCAAGUGUGGCUGCUACACCAGCGACCACUGGGGCAUCUACUGCACGCUGUCCGCUCAGUAGAAACAAGACGAGCUGAAGCCCCUCCGAGGGUCCGCCGUCCUCGCAACGCACCGUCAUUCUUCUCUUUUGUUUAUGUGUGCGUCGUCGGACGUCUGCACAGUCUGUGUUUUUUAAUGUUUGUGUAAUGAUCUGAUACUUAGAUGUGAGUAGAAGCUCUAACGUGUGUAGUGUGUAAUAUGUAGUGCACAAAGAAAGUAGAGGAGCAACUCACAGGUGCAACACAUUAAAGUGAAUGUGGAUGAUUUUAAAUACACUUUUUAUCACAGUGUAUGGCAGUAACUGCAUGAUGUAAUACGACAACCAUUAGUACAAUAAUGAGGCUUCAAUGUAACAUUUGUCAAUAAUUAAAGAAAUACAAAAACGAA